AUGAGGUUCUUUCACAAGCGUCAGGCUUCCGAGGCGUCCACGUUGGCUGGUCCGCCCGGCCCCGGAGGCCGUGGACAGCUUCCUAUGCUGCAGCUCCCGGAUAAGCUGCGAUACAACUUGCUGUGUGUAUUGGGUGAAUUUGUCGGCACAUUCUUGUUCUUGUUCUUCUCUUUUGCCGGAACUCAGGUUUCUAAUACGCCUAUGCCGCCUCCCGGGUCCUAUCCGAAUACUUCCAAUCUACUGUACUCGGCGCUGUCUUUCGGCUUCGCGUUGACGGUCAAUGUAUGGGCUUUCUUCCGUGUUACCGGUGGAUUGUUCAACCCGGCGGUUACGCUCGCUCUCUGCCUGACGGGUGGCAUGCCCCCUCUUCGUGGAUUAUUGGUCUUCCCGGCUCAAUUGGUUGCUGGCAUUGCAUCGGCGGGUGUUGUUAGCGCUCUCUUUCCAGGUCCACUGAAUUGUGCUACCCGGCUUGGUGGUGGUGCUUCCAUCUCGCAGGGCCUGUUCAUCGAGAUGUUCCUCACCGCACAGCUUGUUUUGGUGAUUAUCAUGCUGGCAGUCGUCAAGCACAAGUCGACUUACUUGGCCCCGGUUGGUAUCGGUCUGGCUUUCUUCGUGGCGGAGAUGAUUGGUGACUACUAUACCGGUGGAUCCCUCAAUCCCGCUCGAUCCCUCGGCCCCGACGUCAUCAACCGCAAUUUCCCUGGCUACCACUGGAUUUACUGGGUUGGACCGCUCCUAGGCUCUCUCCUUGCUUCUGGAUUCUAUCAUCUGCUCCGCUUUGUUCGCUGGGAGAACAUCAACCCAGGCCAGGACUAUAAUGAGUGGGAAGCUGCAAGGAAAGCGUCCACGGCCAAGUCGGACAACACCGUUACGGAUCCGAUUCACCGUGGCCAGGAUUCGCCUUUAACCCAAGAGGUUCCUCCUGAGGAGCAGGUUUAA